AUGGCUUUCUUCCUACGGCGCCCGUUCGCUGUAUCCUCGGCACUUCGCCAGGUCCCUAAGCUCACAAACACCGCCCGAUUCAUUCACAAUUCUCCCAUCAAGCCAACCCAAGCAGCAAAGCCUCAGGGCGUUUCCUCGAUCUUCGCCCAGUCUCGCCAGAACUUCCAAAAUGCCUUCCGUCGUACAUACAUGCAGCAGAGUGUCAACCCUGCUCAGGAUGGUAACUUGACCCAGAAACUGGUAUAUGGCGCUGCCAUUAUUGGUGGUACAAUUUUGGCAACCAACUUCAUCUUCAACCGUGAAACGAGAGAGGAUGGCGGUAUGCCCGCUUACGAGCGGAGCUUCCUGAAUGAGACUUUUGUGCACACUGGUCUUGGUAUCGGUAUAAUUGGUGUUGCUGCUCGCGCCCUCCACAUGAGUGGCUGGUCUUAUCGUCUUAUGGCUAUGAACCCGUGGCUCGUCAUGGGCGUGGGUCUCGUUGGCAGCAUCGGAUCCAUGUACGGCACUUUCUACACUUCCCCGGAUAACUACGUUCUGAAGUAUGGCUGCUGGACUCUCUUCAACGUUACCCAGGCCGCUCUUCUCUCCCCCUUGAUGUUCAUGAAUCCUGCCAUUCUCGCUCGCGCUGGUCUUUACACUGUUGGCAUGAUGGGCUCAAUCGCUUUUGUCGGUGCCACUGCCAAGCAGGAGAAGUACCUUUAUCUGGGUGGUCCCCUUCUUGCUGGUGUGGCCAUCGUUGCUCUCUCUGGUCUCGCCCCCAUGGUCCUCCCUGCUACUGCCGCUCGCACUCUGAUGUGGUCUGAGCGCGUUUGGCUGUACGGUGGUCUUGCUGUCUUCGGUGGUUUCACUCUUUACGACGUGCAGAAGAUUCUGCACCAUGCUCGUCUUGCCGAGCGCGGCUUGAUUAAGCGUGAUGUGGUCAAUGAGUCAGUCAGCCUCGAGUUGGACUUCAUCAACAUCUUUAUCCGCAUGGUCCAGAUCCUCGGCAUGGGCAACAACCACCGUCGUUAA